AUGCAGCUCACCUCCACUUUUGUUUUCCUUGCCGUCCUCGCUUCCGGUGGUAGCCGUGUCUUCUCGCUCCCAAUGGGUGCUGACCUUACCGAUCUCGAUGCUCGUGAUGUUGAGCUUGAUAUCGAAGCUCGGGAUUACGAUGCUGACUUCGAAGUUCGCGAUUUCGAUGCUGACUUUGAGGCCCGUGAAUACGCGGACUUUGAAGUCGAAGCUCGCGACUUUGAGGAGGACAUUGAGGCCCGUGCCGUUGACCCUACUGUCAAAGCACCUUCGAACUCCACCACUGUUGCCUCUCCCGCUCAGAAGCCCUUGUCAGGGUCUUUAACAUCUACCACCACUGGCUCUAAAGUCGAUUUGGCUGCUACCAAGCCCACCACGGCCAACAGCACGACCACUUCCGGCGCCGUCACGCCCAAAGAGUCGAAACCCUUGACCAAGAAAGAGAGGAAAGCCCGUGCUAAGGCCCUUCGCAAGAAGAAAGCCGCUGCCAAGAAAGCCGCUCUUCGCAAGAAGAAGGCUGCCCUCCGAAAGAAAAAGGCCCUCCGCAAGGCCAAGCUCGCCGCCCUGCGCAAGAAGAAACAUGCCGCCCACAAGAAGGCCAUCGCAGACAAGAAGGCCAAGAAGGCAGCGGCGAAGGCUAAGAAGGCAGCGGAGAAGAAGGCCAAGAGCGUGAAGGCAGUGGAGAAGAAGGCUAAGAGCGUGAAGGCGGCAACGAACACCACAUCAACGGCAAAGCCCAAGAAGCUCUCUCCACUGGCUAAACUCAAAAAAUCCAUCGCUGACAAGAAAGCCAAGGCCGCAGAGAAGAAGACGAAGAGCGUGAAGGCCGCAACGAACACCACGUCGACGGCAACGCCUAAGAAGCUUUCUCCUCUUGCUAAACUUAAGAAAUCCAUCGCUGACAAGAAGGCCAAGGCCGCAGAGAAGAAGGCCAAAAAGACAGCUGAGAAGAAGGCGAAGGCUGACAAGGUCAUGGAUGCGAAGAGCCUGAAGGUGUCCAAGACCGAGGCGUCCAAGACUGCUGCGGAUAAGACUGUGGAGUCAUCGCUUCCCGAAACCAGCGAGAAGCCCCACCACAGGCAUCACCACUACAGGACCAAGGCCGAGCGCUAUGCUGCUCGUAAAGCUGCCAGGAAAGCGCGCAAGGCCAAGUUCGCUAAGGAGUACGGUUUGACCUCGGAAGAUGAUUUCUCGUCUUCAAGGUUUGACACUCAUUACCCUUCGUACUCUCACAAGUCCUUGAGGAAGUCUCACUACGUUGAUGCCCCAGCUGCCUCUCCCUCUACCACUGCCGUUCCCCGUCUUUAAGUGAGCAAGUAGACAAGAGUAGAAAUGAUUUUUUGUAGUAGGUUCUAGAAUCGUACCUUGGUCUGGGGGAA